CGUGGCUGGGCAGCGCGAGCCUCAGUGUGUGUUACCGUGUGUGCGUGCCGCCGCUAGACUGACGUGCACACAGACCUUGCCACCACCACACACACAAACACACACACACACACAUACACCUACACGCGCCCGCCGUUUUAGAUUACGCACACACACACAAACGACACAGUGACCGAUAAAGACAAGGGGUGUACAUUUAUAUAUGUGUGUGUGUGUGUGUGUGUGUACAGUGCCCUAGCGAAGACCACGUGUACGUGUUGAUGACCAGUGCCACAGCCACCCAACGUGCGGCAGUGACGAUACGAGGUGAGGGGCGUGAGGCCGUGUAAGGCAGGCCAUCACCACAUCUUUAUCCCAGAUCAUCAACAUCACCAGCUGGGUCUCCAAGGCUCUCUGAGAAUCAAAGUUGGAGGCCAGUCACUGGUCUCCAAGGGUUAGUACAGGUUUGUAUAAUACCUUGGGAGAAAGAAACUGCAACUGUCCUCCACUAAGCCACGUCUCCCAUGCAAUACCCCGCCAUGGCCACGGAGGACAGCGCGCCCCUCUCCUCGCCUAAGAUGCCGGAGACCAUGGCGGAGGGUCACGACGGGGAGAACCAGCCCGUUCCCCUCCAGAGGUGCGACACCCUGGAGAAGAGGCUGAGCGGCGAGACGGAGACCAGAGAGGAGAACACACGGAGACACACCCCAGACACCAAGACCUCGAACAAUGUGUCUCCAGCCCCCAGUCCUCUCCUGCGAGUCCCCAGCCCCUUGGAUCACACCCCAGAUCGCAGUCCCCGUCACAGCCCCGCCCACACCCCGGAGGAUGACCGCCCACACAGCCCGGCCGCCCACACACGCAGUAGAGCGCCGCUGGCCUUCUCUAUUGACCGAAUCAUGGAGCCAACACCCAAGAGAGUGAAAGUGACAGAGGUAACUAAGGCCGCAUCACCGCCGCCUCCGCCUUUACGCCCGCUAGUAGCCAGACGACCACUGGAUCACGACCACUUCCACGCCCCCCACCGCAACCUGCACGACCCACACCGCGACCUGCACGACCCACACCGCGACCUGCACGACCCCCAUCGCAAUUUGCACGACCCUCGUUUGGCUGGGCUGAGAGCGUUGUACGACCACCACCGAGCCAAGGAACUACUGCACGACCCCCGCGCCAGGGACCUCUUGGCUCACUACCCGCUACUCUACCACUACUACCAGGCAGGUGGUGUGUUCCCCUCCCCCAGUGUCGCCGACGGUAACGUCCCUAAUGCCGCUGCCACCACCCAACAGCCACCACCGCCGCCCCCACAUCCACCCGCCGCUGCCACCCACCUCAGCCCGGCGCCCGCCCACAGACUGACGCCCCAUGCCCUCUCAGCCUUCACCCGUCUCGACCUGUUGAAGACCAGAGUACAGCCGCCCACCACCUCCACCCCCUCCCUUCUCUACACCUCGGCGGCGACGAAGGCAACGGCGGAGUCCCCUGUGCCGCGGCCGUAUGAUCUCUCCAUGACGGGUGCCGCAGCUGCCAUGUCCCGAGUGUCCGCCACCCUGGCCUCCUCCACCACCUCCUGCACCUCCACCUCCCCUAGGGGCGUCAUGGAUCUCAAGCCUCUGCCGUCUGUACCUCCUGCAGUGUCUCCCGGGGCGCCUCUCCCUGCCUCCAGUACAGCAGGAGGAGGAGGAGCACCGUCGAGGGUGACGGGUACCCCCUCCUCCACCUCCCCCCGCGCUGACUCUCACAACACAGGAAACGCCGUCAGCGUCACGUCUCCGCCUCUACCUGGUACCGGAGGCGUUAUAGCGCCCACAGGCACCACCAGCAGCACUCCACUACCUCCCCCAGCAGGCAGCGUCACCCCCGACACUGCCACCACCACCAACACCACCACCAGCGACUCUACCACCACGAGCAGUAGUGGCGGGGUGGUGACGGUGGGCGGCGGGAAGAAGAGUGGUGGUGGCGGGGUGGGUGGUGUGGGGGCCGGAGGAGUGGGCAAGGCUCAGAAGACCUUCACGUGCCCAGAGUGUGGCAAGAUCUUCAACGCCCACUACAACCUCACCAGACAUAUGCCCGUCCACACCGGCGCCAGGCCCUUCGUCUGUAAGGUGUGUGGUAAGGGGUUCCGGCAGGCGUCGACGUUGUGUCGCCACAAGAUCAUCCACACGUCAGAGAAGCCCCACAAGUGCCAGACCUGUGGCAAGGCCUUCAACAGGUCAUCAACACUGAACACACACGUCAGGAUCCACAAUGGUUACAAGCCGUACGUGUGUGAGUUUUGUGGCAAGGGUUUCCACCAGAAGGGCAACUACAAGAACCACAAGCUGACCCACUCUGGGGAGAAGGCGUACAAGUGUCACGUGUGUAACAAGGCCUUCCACCAGAUCUACAACCUCACCUUCCACAUGCACACACACAACGAUAAGAAACCCUUCCAGUGCUCCAUCUGCGGCAAGGGCUUCUGCCGCAACUUUGACCUGAAGAAGCAUAUGAGAAAACUCCACGACAGCACGCACUACACGUCUACGUCGUCUCCGUCGGUGUCGCCCGUGGCCGAGGGCAGCAUGAGCUCGAGCCCCUCGGCCCCGUUACCCCGACAGUUCUCUGUGCUGCCGUCUUUAAUGGGUGGCGCCACCUCCCUCCCCACCAGCAUGGCCCUGGGCUCGCUCUCCCAUCCCCCGCCCACAAUGCCGCCGCCCCUCCCCGCCCACUUCAUGAACCCAUUCCUCAUCGCCCCUCCCGCGCUACCACCCACCUCCACCGCGCCCUACCUUCACAAGAUACCGUCCUUGUUAGGCUGAUGGCUGCUGCUGGCUCACCUCGCCGCCACCGCCGCUGCCACCGCUUCCUGACCCACACGACUACACGUCAACCCGCUGUGCUGUUCUCUCUAACGUGAAGCCAAAGACUCCUUCAACGAUGCCAUAAAAGAGAGAGCUGUUACCCUUAACCUGUGAUGAUCUGUGGUGACGCUUGACCCCCAGUUACCAUGUUGGUGUUGAUGCCGCGCCACACAUCACCUGGUGGUCAUGAGGCCCACCACUUCUCCCACUAAAGCAAAAAAAGAAAAUUCUGUUUCUUUGCCUCGUCAACAACAACCACCAACGUUAAUUACCUGAGACCUCGCUUAACCUCCCCUCCCCCACCCUCCCUACACCCUCAGGAGCACGGGCGGGCGGCAGGAGGCUAACAUGAACAGACUUCACUAAUUUAAUUACCCAACUCAUCAUCAGUGAGAGAAGUUGAGGAGCACAAGUUAUCCCUCACGUGCCGCCCCACCUAGUGCCCGUCUCAGCCCUCUCCUGCCCUCACACCUCUCCUGCCCUCACCCUCUCCUGCCCUCACACCUCUCCUGCCCUCACCCUCUCCUGCCCUCACCCUCUCUUACAAAUGAACGUGGCUGAGGAAGACUGCUGUGAGUGUGGUCAUACCUUGUGUCACACCACCGCCUCCCUUGUGUCACCCAUCACUGUGUUCAUGGAGGUUUCUUAUUACCAUCACGACAACUGACUGGUAACAUCGGGAAUGAUCUCACAGCGACAAGGCUUUGUUGUUCCACUGUACAAAGAGUGCCACUGGUCACCAUCAACAAAGGGGGAUCACUGGAGAGGUACAAAUGGAAUGAAGAGAAACAGUAGCGGUGGAGAGGCGCAGUGGGAAUGAAGAGGAACAGUGGCGGUGGAGAGGCGCAGUGGGAAUGAAGAGGAACAGUAGCGGUGGAGAGGCGCAGUGGGAAUGAAGAGAAACAGUAGCAGUGGAGAGGCGCAGUGGGAAUGAAGAGGAACAGUAGCGGUGGAGAGGCGCAGUAGUAGUGGGUCCUCCGUCAGGUUAAUAGGAGAUAAGGUCGGUCUCUUCUACAGGAAAAAAAAAAUUAGUUACGGUGCGACGUAAACUCAACCAAAGGUAAACAAGACUGGUGUACAGGUGUUAAAGCUGCAGGACAACGGGGUGUAGGUGUAGCGACUCCCAGUGUGUUAGUUAGAAUAAUUUGAGGAGGUUCAUACACAGAGGACAGGAAGCACACCCCCUCCCCCCACACCAGGGAGCACAGUGUGAGGGUCAAGAACACAAUUGGGGGCUUCAUCUCCCUUAAUUGGGCCUAAUCUCCCUUAAUGGGGUCUGAUCUCCCUUAAUGGGGCCUGAUCUCCCUUAAUGGGAUUUGAUCUCCCUUAAUGGGCCCUGAUCUCCCUUAAUGGGCCCUGAUCUCCCUUAAUGGGCCCUGAUCUCCUUUAAUGAGUCCUGAUUUCCCUUAAUGGAGCCUGAUCUCCCUCAAUAUGGCCUGAUCUCCCUCACUGGGCCCUGAUGUGCCAAGCAUGAGGGAGCCAUCUCGCCCCCGCACCAAGAACUACCGUCAUGGUUGUUAUCACGUGUAAUUAUUAGUGUCAAAUAUAGGUUGUUAUGUUGUCAUUGUUGGCAUGCUGUUGUGUCCUCAUAGAGCUGUCUAGUCACUUGGUUAUUAUCAGAUGAUGUACAUAAUGUGUAUAGGAUCUAUGUGUAUAUGAUGUGAAUAUGAUGUAUAUAAAUAUAUAUUGUAGGCUUUGGUGGAUCGCUAAACAUUUUAUGAGUGACCAGUGUUGUCGCUGUCUCCCGGAAGUGACGUCAUCAACAUGGCUGCCACAGGUGUCAUUGUCUCUCGGAAGUGACAUCAUCAACAUGGCUGCCACUGUUGUUACCUCCUGGAAGUGACGUCAUAAACAUGACUGGCUUGUUGAUCUUGUUCCAGAAAAGUACAAGUGAGCAGAUGACGGUCAGCUCCAGAGGUGUGAUGGUCAAUUCAUGGCGCCAGAGUUCAGCCAUGACACACACACACACACACACGGGGAAUAUAGAGACAGAUUAUGCUUUUAAUGUUCAUUCUUUUAGCCAAUGCCAGGCGAGAAAUAAUAUUACUUUUGUAAACACUUGUUCCAGCCAAUCACGGCGCACUAGUCAAGGGAGCAUGCAGUACUACGUCAUCUCUUGAGCUGAACCUAUCGCAGAGCAGACUAGUCAUGACGUAAUAUAUGCAAAAAAUAAUUAGGCUAAACCAACCACAUAGAGCUAAGCUGGUGUGACGUCAUAGACUUCAAUUUCUGUGCUUAUCCAAUCACAGUGAGCUAUGCAAUGACGUAAUAUAUUUGCAUCCAAUCAUAUUUCAAGCCAAGAAAUGAUGUAAUCUGUAUGUAACCAAUCACAGUUCAGGCUAAGGAAUGACAUAAUGAAUCUGUCAGUAUCCAAUCAGAGUGCAAGGCUCAGGAAUGACGUAAUCUGUCAGUAACCAAUGAGAGUGCAAGGCUAGGAAAUGACGUAAUCUGUCAGUAACCAAUCAGAGUGCAUGGCUAGGGAGUGACGUAAAUCCUUGUGUCAUCCGGUAAAAGGAAGUAUACAUUCUAGAGGCGAUUCCCCCGGUGUUUAGCGCCUAGUACACACAAACACACACAAACACCGGGGCCAGUUGGUACAAUAAAACUGAUUACAGCAUUAACCAACUCUGUUUUAUUGACCUUUCCUUCACCCGCCUCCAGUUUAGAGCGGAUUGUGAGGGGUGAUUCUUUUUAAGCCCGCGCUCCCUCGUCUACAAAAGAUACACACGACAACCUACUGGCCAUA